GUGCUGCAAGGCCAAGCCAUGUUACCAGAAGUGAUUUUGAUGAAAUGAGGCAUCUCUGCAAAAAGUGUCACUGUGGAAAUCCAUUGUAAAUCCAGGUUGGCUGCUGCGGUUGUCCUCUGUGCGGGAGCAAGCUCAAAACCUUUCAGUGCCACCUCCCAAGCUAUACUGGGGUUGAUUUUUGUUGUAUUUUUAACAUAGUUUUUUGUGGAGUAUUCUUUUGAUUUGAAAGAUCAGUAGAACAAUAUACACAAUACGCAGCACACAACACAUCCAUCUGGGUAUUCUAAGAUGCAGGAUUUCAGUUCCAAAUGUGUUUUUUAGUAUGGUAUGUUGUGUUCGAGGCUUUGUUUCCUCACACAUCCUACACACGUCGUUUGCAAAAUUGGGACUGUAUUUUGCAUGUAACCAUACCCAAAUUUCCCUUUUAUACUGUUCAGACCAAAAAACCCCAAAACAUUUUCUUGAAGUGUCUGAUAUUACCUCGUGUCACUUACCUAUAUUGACCAAGGAGUGGAAAGGAUAAAAAGUUUUAUUCAUGCGUGGCAGGAAGGACAGACCAAAGGCACCAUUCAACUACUUCAUAGCUGUAGCACCAUGAAAUAAAACUAGGCCAAGCUAUUUUUAUGUAUAUUUCAUUAUAGCUUACUCAUAUUUCAUUUAUACCACAAUAUACUUCAGGCUCAUUUUCUGGCAAUUAAUUGCUUUUUUAAUAUGCCCAAAUCUAGGGUAUGAACCCCAGAAGUACUAGCGCGACAACGUCUUUAGAAAUGGUCAGUAUUUUAGCCAUAAAUUACAACUUUGCUGACCUGUGCUGUAUCUUCUUUAAAAUCCAUUUUGCUUUAAAUCUGAUUAAUUCUUUAUGGCUGAAAUUCCCUCACAUGGCAAUUUGAAGAGAGAAUGUCCUUGGCUGUGAUCCACAGUGAUGGUGUAUGAAAUGAGCACAUCCACUGACUCGGCCUACUUCUGAUUCCCCAAGACAAGAGAGAGUCUUCACAUGAACAGCCAGAUAGUGGGAGCACACAGGCUCAUAUCACACGGCUUUCCCUUCACAAUAUGGCCAAACAGUCUCACUGUCUUUUGUGUGCGUGUUUGCGGGGGGGUAUUUGUGAGUAUAGCAACCUUUCCUUAACAAUACGGCAUGUGUGCGUGUGCUUUUGUAUGUGUGUGUUCAUGAAUACGAGUACCAGCACCUUCUAAACACUGCCCUUUUGUUUGCCUGUAUGUGCUUGUGUAGCAUACUGUAGAAAGAGCCCCAUUUGAGCCUGUACAUUUGUGUUGCUGUGCACACAAUAAAAAGGGGAAAAGAUUGGUUACUGAUGUGAGGUUCAUUCAUAUUUUUUUGGGCAAUUUCUUGUGAGCAAAAGAAGUCAUGGAAACCAUUAGCAGUGCAGAUGCUUGUUGCCAAAAAAAUCACAACCUUAUGUUGUAUCAGCUGAAGGACAGUUUGUCUAACCACUCAGCCAACCCAGUGCCCUAUAAGUUAGUGUGAAAAUAUUUCACGUGAAUGCUAACUUGUAUGUGUAUGGUUGUGUAAGGAGGCCUGCAACCCUGCAGCCAGCCAAGAAUGUCUAUAUUAGAUGUUGGACUAAAAGACCCCGAUUAUGUUCAAUAUGCCAAAUGCCAUCCUCCACACCUUCACUACAUGUAGGUCACAGUAUUUACUGGAUUGGAUGUAGAUUGUUUGAUGGAGAAUUAUCCAGUAUAGACUUAAUCCUCAGGGAUACUGCACUGAAAGAGUGUGUCAAAAAGAAAGUCAAGAGAGGACAGGUUUACUGCAUGUGUGUGUGUCUAGCUGUUAGUAGGCUACGCAUGCUCACCUCUGUGUACUUGCUCUAUUUACAGAGUCCUACAGUAUCUUACCUUCCCUGUUUUGCCCUUGACUUUGACAUCUCCUCUUACUCUUUAUAUUCCUAAAAUGUAUGAUGCUAACUGAGUUAUUUUACCUAAAAGGCAUCAACUGUCAUGGAAGAGAUGCUACGGCUGGAGUAAUAAGAGUUAAAGUGAUAGGGCGGAUAAUAUAGAUGUCCUUUGGGAGGCUGUAAAAAGACAGAUAUUAAUAUAGUCACUGAAAUAUACUGCAGUUGUUUCUAUGUCCUUGCAGCAAGCAGGUGCUGGUGUUACAUAAAAACCUUUGUACCUGUGGAAAAUGAUCUCAUGAUGCUUUUAACGGUGAUGCUUUUGCCUCUUUUGCCUUUAUUAAAACUGUACAAUGGGGUAUGGCUUUAGUGGACUUUCAGGGGUUAUUCAAGUGGCAGUAAUUAUCACUGAUAAUUAUAAGAAGAGGAAGAAAUGAAAUUGUCUUAACUUGCUUGAUAUGGUACUCCCAUUUUAUCUAAGUUUUGAGCUUUUGAUUGCAAUGCCAGGGAUUAAACAUCAUUAACUGAGUCAUUCGUUUAAGAGUUUUGCUUAUUUUCUUUUAUGUCUUCUUUGUCAACUUCUGUGCAAUGAAUUUCUGUUUGCCUCAGACAGCAUUGAGUCAGACUAGUUAAAUUAGGUGUGCUUUUGUGAGAGGGGUGUCACUCAGGUAUUUGAAUUCAAUGGUUUGUGAGCAAGGCCAUUUUUAAGUGGCACUUGUUUCAUCUACAUUGUAUGCGCACUAUUAAAUGUGCAGGUGUGGGUGUAUUUCAGCAUAUGCGCAUUUCCUUGUUUGUCAUUCUACUCUAUGAAUGCAGCAAGUUGCCAUGGGAACUAUGACAUUUGUGAUACCAUGUGAUUUUAUCCAUCAUUCUCAGGAAAAAAAUACACUUUACUGUGAGUGGUCCGUGGUCCCUUUCCGGCAACAAGAGGGUCAGCUUUGCAGUUUCCUGACAUGUUUUGGCUUCUUUGUAAAAGAUGUAUUUGGAAAUUUGUAUUGGCAAAGGGGGUGCUGUACCUUUUGCUUGUCCACCUAUUCUCCUGAGAUUUUAUUUCUGGUAAUGGCAUACUCUGACUGUACGCUGUACCAUAAUUGUCCCACUCAAACUAGAUUUCAAAGGGAUGAAGAUGUCAUGAUCCUGGAUAAUUUGUUAUCCAUACCACUUUCAUGUCUGUAGUGUAAAUAUGACGCUAUCUCCUGCAGCAGCUUAGCUUAGCAAUAAGGCUGGAAACAGGGGGAAAUGGCUAGCCUGCUGUCUGUGUUGUCCAGCUGAGACUAGGAAAUACUGCAACUGGUCAAGAAAUAUAGUGUGAAUUUAACAAACAAUAUAACAUGCUAGAGUUGCUGGUAGGCAGACUUUGUUAACUAUUCACAGAAUCAGGCUAGCUGUCCCCCCCCCCCCCCCCCCCCCCCCCUUUCCAGUCUUUGUUCUAAGCGAAGCUAACUGGCUUCUGGCGGUAGCUUCAUAUUUAAUAACAUGAUAGUGAUAUUGAUCUUCUGAUCUAACUCUCGACAAGAAAGUGAAUAAGCACAUUACCCAUCAAGCUGUUUCUUUAAAUCUGAAUAAAUUUCACACACACAGCAAUAUUGAAGGCAAAAAAACCUUCUGUAUUCUAACCUUGAAUGCCUAAAAUAUGUACAGUAAGUCAGAUGCUUACAAGCAUUUUGUGGACAACGUGGACAUUCAGACCUGUGUGGCAAUGCCUGAGGGACAGUUCUUUGUGUCCAGCAUUCCACUGGUGCCAUUGUCGCAUGUCAAAACAUGUACCAACACACGUCAACACAUACAUGUACACAGAAACACACACCGUCUUUGUGUUAGCCCUGAGGGAGGCAGAGAAUGUGUUAAAGGCAAACCCAUUCCAUUAUGUAAGUAGGUAUACACCAAUGCACACACAGAAAAACAGCCAAAAGCUGCUGGUGAGCUCGCAACUGGGGGCCUCUGACCCACAUAGGGCCGUUUGCAGGAUGCGUCCCACUUUUCCACUUGACCAUGUAUCAUUAACUCACUCUCUGCUCUCCUAGGGGCUGAGCUCGAUUGUGGUCCCUGUUCACCUGAGCUCACAUUGUCAUUAUUGUCAGUCAUGUUGAGUAUACAUGACACGCUGCUCACAAACACAAAACACCAACACUAUACUGUCUGGUUACUUUUUAUCUCCUGCUUUGAGUUGCCAUGAUCCCAUAAAACACACACACACACACACACACACUCCCGUGCGCACACACACCUGUGCUGUCACAGUCUCACAAAGCCCAUGGUGUCUGCCAGUAUCAAAGUGGUGUCCUGGGGUACUAAAGUGCAGUGUCUACCAUUUUAGCCACUGUGUUGCCUCAGCCUCUGACAUACAUAGAGUUCCUCAUUCUCUCUCUCCCGAUCUCUCUCUGCAUCUCUCUCACACACACAUUCUGCUCUCAGUCUCCACUCCAGCUGUCUCAUUCUCCUAUUCCCUCUUCCCACUCUGUUUUUUCCUCCUCCUCCUCCUUCCCUCUCCUUCUCUUUCUCUCUCUUACACACAUGCAUACAGAUGCACAUACACAUCCUCUCUCUCCCUUCCUCUCCUUAUAUUCACCAUAUCCACCGGCAACUUCGCUGAGGAGCCUCCCUCACCAGCCUGUGGAUCCCUACAUUUGACUAAUUAGCCUUGAAGUGCUGUUGAAGAUCAUCAUAUUUAGCUUAGCGACCUAGCGGUAGAGUGCAGACAGAUAUAGACUAGGCUGGCUGGAGGCUGGGUGCCUGGCAGUGUGGCAAGCUCUCUCUCUCUCUCUCUCUCUCUCUCUUUCUCCCCCCCCAGUGCCGAGGGCUUCUCACUGGUGGAGCGGUGGAAGUGAAGGGUGGUUUUGCUUUGAAAGAGACGAGAAGGGGGAAAAGAGAAAGAAGCGAAGCUGAAACCACAACGCAACCACAGAAUGGGAGUCCGCUGCAGGAGCAAAUCCUCCUAGAGACGCGGAUUCUGAGGAGGCAGCGGUCACUGUGCAGCAGCACUGAUUCCAACAUACAGAGAUUUAAGAUGAUUGACAGUCAGCUGUUAGCACAGAGGAGGACGAUGAGGAACCUUCCUGAUGAAAGAGGCCAGCAGAAGACCAGCACCUACAUCGUGCCCUGCUUCCUCUUUGUGGAGCUGGUCAUCAUGGCAGGGACGGUUCUGUUGGCGUACUACUUUGAGUACACGGACACGUUCCCCGUGCACAUCCAGGGCUUCUUCUGUUUUGACAAAGCCUACUCCAAGCCGUACCCAGGACCAGAGGACAACAGCAAGGCGCCGCCAGUCCUCGUCUACUCCCUCGUCACUGCCAUCCCCACUGUGACGAUUCUGAUCGGGGAAGUGACCAGUUUCUUUGUGAAGACAGAGGGAGCUCAGGAGAAGACCAUAGUGACCGCUGACUGCUGCUAUUUCAACCCUCUCCUCCGUAGGAUCGUACGUUUUCUGGGUGUCUACUCCUUUGGCCUCUUCACAACCACCAUCUUUGCCAACGCAGGUCAAGUGGUGACAGGAAACCAGACGCCUCAUUUCCUGUCUGCCUGCAAGCCAAACUACACAGCUCUGGGCUGCCAGUCUCCGCUGCAGUACAUCACAGAGCGCAGAGCCUGCACAGGAAACCCUUACCUGGUGGUGUCUGCCCGCAAAUCCUUCCCCUCCAAAGACGCAGCACUCAGCUUUUAUUCAGCCAUUUACACAGUGAUGUAUGUGACUCUGGUGUUCCGGACCAAAGGGACCCGUCUGACAAAGCCCACCCUGUGCCUAGUGCUGCUGUCUCUGGCCGUGCUGGUUGGGGUGAUGAGGGUGACUGAACACAGAAACCACUGGAACGAUGUCCUGGCUGGGUUUAUCACAGGAGGGGCCAUCGCUGCCUUCCUGGUGUCAUGUGUGAUCAACAAUUUCCAGCAAACCCAGAUAGCACUGCCGACUCCUCCACCUCCACAGCGACCAGAGCCCCCCAUGGGGCUGCCUCUCCUCAGCCUGCCCCGUGUUGAGAGUCCACUCGAAAAACUCCAGGGCUACCGUAUUCUGAGAUCACAUGACCAUCAGCCAACCCCGUCCCCCGCCCCUCCCGAUGUGCUCCUCCCCUCACGGCGUUGCCUCACCAGCGCAGUCUAGACCUGCCCACUGAAUGCCCCCCGCCCUGCCCUGCCCACCCUGAAGGACGACAUCCUCUCCGACGAGUCAAAUCCACACAGGUCUGAAGGUCCAUUAAUCACAGGAGGCAGAACAGCAACACAUGCACAUGGAGGCUGAAACCUGUCAUCCGCUAAGGACCAAUAGGAGAUGGAUAAAUUUCCUUCUGUCAUGUACUGUCCUGUUUGACCUCCAAGAUGGCCUCAUUUUUCUUUCAGGUGUAAAAGACCGAAUGAAAGAUUUGCCAAAGCCAGAGCUGUUGAAGCAAUACUGUGUCCUAUUUCCUUGUCCUGUUUUCCACAAAGACCCAACAGUGACUCUAAAGACUGUUGGCUGGUGAUGACUUGAUGAAACACUUGAUUAAAUCAAAAAAACUCAGCGGAGCUGAGGGUUUUCUUAAUGAUCUAAGAAAAUCCCAAUCACUGGUGGAUCGUCCUCAAAAGACCAUUUUGUAACACUCAGGACAAUACAAUGGAAAAAAGACUAGAUCAAAAAUGAAGACCUUGAUGUAAUCAAAAUGCAGGUACUGUCAAGUAUUAUGGUACAGAUUUUUUUCUGUCCUCAAAACUAACUAAAGAGAUGCUGUCAAAGAAGAAAGCACUUUUGUAAAUUAUACCACAGAUGAACAAAUUUAGUGUUCAGUAAACUGUGUCGUGUUAUCUUGUUUGUUUUAGGGGAUAUGGGAUUGAUCUUUAUACACACUAGAGCUGUGCUUGUGAAACCACACUUGUUUUGGGGCAUCCAAAUCCUAAAUCAUCCCUGAAGUGAACUGAACUAGAUUUCCAUUAUCCACAAUAUCUUUUAUCUAGUUACGAUUCAGGUGUGUGUGUGUUUAUAAAUGUCCGUAGGUUCUACGUCCAUGCUGUGAAAUAUUUGGAAAGCUUUAUCAUCUGACUUACUUGCCUAUUCUCAUGUGGAGUUCUUUGUUCGUGUUAGUUUGCAUAAAAGUCUCACUUUCUCUUUCCCUUACCCCAUUCAUGCCCCAGCUUUUGUGUCUCAAAAUUACAUUUAUCUAAAUGUCAAUGUGUUUGUUCCCUUUGCUUUCCAAAAUUAAUGUUUUUGAAGAGUUGUAUGGCAUCAGUUGUUGUUGCUACUAUUUGUGUCCUGUUCAAUUAUUUCCAGAUUUCCCUGCUUCAGUCCACCUUCAAUUCCUCAAACUAACUUUAGAAAACCAACAGCACAGACCAGUGUGUAACACAGAGGUGAGACCUCUGAGUUUUGUAUAGUUUUGUACAGUAUAUAGGUUUCUCUACACAGUAUAUACUAAAUUAUCAUUAUGUUUAACUUGUGUGAACAAUGUGAAGCUACCUAAAGCUGUCUUGUAGGAACAUGAGUAGUAGCCUGAUCUAAAGCAAGAAUGUAGCGCAGUGGAGAAGUGUGUGACAUCAGCAAAACUGCAUACAGCCGGUGUGUUUGGCUCACAACUUGCUUUGGUUCUUCUGCUCAGUUCAAAAAGACACUGCAGGCAGGCUAUACUAGUAGGAGAGUACGCAGUGGGUUAUAUAAAGAAGACAUUGCUAUGGUUUUAUUAAGCGUGUGUGUGUGUGUGUGUGUGUGUGUGUGUGCUUAUUGGAUUUGUGUGUAUGUUUAUAAUGAGCACAUUGUACGGCAGCAUAACUGUUAAUUUGGCAAUCUGCUUUCUUAAGUUAAACUGUCAAAAGUAGCUGCUAUAAUUACACACUUGUGCUUGUGUGUAACUGCAGGCCUUCAAAGGACCCCUGCCAAGGCGUCCUACAAUGCCUGUUAUAGCAGAAGGUGUUCAUUAUAGCUCUGAGAUUACCUAAAGUAAAACCUUUCAGUCAGAAGUUUUUAUAAACAACUGAAGAGGUAGAGAACACCAUAACUGUCAAAAUAAUGUUAUUUUCAUGUUAAAAUGUCUCUGUUUUGUAUUUAUUUACCAAAAUAAAUUGCAAUUACCACA